UACAUGAACUUUGCAGCAGUGGGAAUGACUGGUUAUUCUGCCCCACAGCAACAUCACUGGGCCCCUAACAUUUGAAAACAAGAUAUUUUCUAUGAACAUAUGGGGCCUAUAUAUGAUCCUUUUUAAAAAGUGGAACAUUACUGGUGAUGUUGCCCAUAGCAACCAAUCAGCAAUGAGAUUUCAACAGUUGAAAAACAAAAGCACAGAUGUGAUUGGUUGCUAUGAGCAAUAUCACUGGUAAUGUUUUACUCCAGUUUUUAAACAGAUGAUAAAUAGCUGCUUGUGAGUCUCAUGGUUCCCUGGUCUGUACAGUCCCUGGCCUCCAGCACUUGCAGGGUCUGUUACUUCUUCUCUAUUCAGUAAAAUGAUGGGUCAGUUUGUAUAGUCGCUGCACUUGUUUAAAAAAAUUGUCGAAGUUCCAGCAAAACUGAUUGACCUGAUUGUGGGUCUCACAAGGGGAUACAAAUGUUGUUAUUGUUCUUCAGAUCAUGGGGGGGGGCACAAAUAACUUGUUAUUGUCCCUAAAGUUUCUCACUGUCCCCUGACUUGUUCCUCUCAGCAGCAACAACGACUUAAUUAUAGUGAGACUGACAGUUAGAGAAAUCAGGCAGCUGGUGCUCUGCGGAUGAAUCUGCUCCUCACACUCACACAGUCAGGGCCCCUAUGGCAGUAUCGCCUCGUCCUGAGGAUUCCGCGAAAGGGGCGGGGUUUGGAGGCUGACGGGGCGGGGUAGCAAAGCAGCGACUAUAAAAGUAAAGGCUUAGUCGUCCCGUAAGAUUUUUUAAGACACAUGAUCGAGGCAGCGCACACCUAGAGAUAAAGCAAAUCUCAGCCGACACAACACAAAUGUUUUGCUGCUGGAAGAAGAAGAAGAGGCGGAGAAGUUUCCGCAAAGCGAUAGCAGGCUCAUUUGAGGUCACAUAUUCCACUCCAAGUCCACCGGCAGAGGAACAACCGGAGCUGGUCUGUUCCACGCGGCGCAGAAUACUGAGUGAAGAGACUGAUUCGGAUACCGACUACGAAGGGACUUCAGAUAAUGAAGAUUAUGAAAGUUUGAAGUGGGGACUGGGAGCUAGCAUUAGGUUUGAAGAGUGGACCACCAGUUUGUUUGAAGAAGGGGCCUCUGGAGGAAUGGAAGAAGGGGCCGCUGGAGGAAUGGAAGAAGGGGCCGCUGGAGGAAUGGAAGAAGGGGCCGCUGGAGGAAAGGAAGAAGGGGCCAAUGGAGGAAUGGAAGAAGGGGCCGCUGGAGGAAUGGAAGAAGGGGCCGCUGGAGGAAUGGAAGAAGGGGCCGCUGGAGGAAUGGAAGAAGGGGCCGCUGGAGGAAUGGAAGAAGGGGCCGCUGGAGGAAUGGAAGAAGGGGCCGCUGGAGGAAUGGAAGAAGGGGCCGCUGGAGGAAUGGAAAAAGUGGCCACUGGAGGAAUAAAAGAAGCGGCCACUGGAGGAAUAAAAGAAGCGGCCACUGGAGGAAUAAAAGAAGCUACAAGAAGGUUUAAAAAGGGGGCCACCAGUGGGUUGGAAGCGGGGGCCGCUGGAGGAAUAAAAGAAGCUACCAGAAGGUUUAAAAAGGGGGCCACCAGUGGGUUGGAAGCGGGGGCCGCUGGAGGCUUGGUAGAAGAAUUAAUAGAACAAGUAGAGAAGCCCUGUUAUUGGCCCAGAGGAAGAGCAAUGGAAUGUCAGUUCUGUGGAAUGGUUCCUGAUGUGAUAGAUGUUCAUGUAAGAAAAAACGGUGAUUCAUACAGACUGGAGUUGCCAUAUAAAGGUCGGUUCUGCUGCUCUGAAACCGGAAUACAGUUCUGUGUGGAAUCCCCAACCAGUAUUGAAUUUGAGCUCAGUUCCUGGGAUGACUAUUUGAUACACCUGCAGAAAUACUCAUGUGACAUUGUCAGCCCUCUUUUCAACAUCACUAUAAAACAUGGGGAGGUAUUAGCGGUGUAUCUGCCUCACUAUGUGUGUCUGAGGGGAGUGCACAUUGAUACUAAGCGGUUUAAAGUGGCACAUUACAAAGAUGAUAAUAUGGUACUGGAGACACCAUCUGAAGUUCUGCCAUUUUAUGUUGUACUAAAACAGCCGACCUUCUCCCCAGUUGGGGUCAUUAUGAUAAGAACUUUGCCUGGCAUAUUUAGAAAAAGAAUUCCGACUCACGGAGCCGUCUUUAUAUACAGCCGAUACAUCACUGGUUGUACCCUCCACCUGUACUUCAUGCCACAGGACCCCUCAUUACUGAAGGAACUGCACAAGAAGGAGAAUGAAAAUGGAUUUUCCUGGGUUUCCAAACCUCCUCAGACAAACACUGUGUAUAGUAGGAGAAGAUAUAUUGUGGGAGGACCAAAGACUGUAAGAAUAAAUCCAAAGGACCUAAAGCUGAGAUUCAAUGGCAACCCAAUGAUGUACCCUUACAGUGAGAUCUACCUGCUGGAUGUUUCUGAUGAGAUCCCCUUGACUUUGACAUGCAGAGAAAGCCAAAAAGCUAUUUGGGAUGCUCUACUGAGGAGAGAUUUAGGAUCAAGACUCGGAUCAGUAUCCAACAAGGCUUCUGAUGGGCAGCAUUUUGUUGACAGACACUGUAAGGUGCUGAUCGCCAGAACAUCUCAUAUGGAUCCAGUCCUGGAUGACCUUCUGACGUGUAAUAUCCUGAGCCAGGAGCAGUAUGACUGUGUGCGGAGCAAGGGAACCUCCCAGGAGAAGAUGAGACAACUCUAUGACUGUGUCAGGUCCUGGGGGCAACCUGAGAAAGAUGAACUGUACCAGUCACUGAAGAUUCACAACAGAGCUCUCAUCAGGGACCUAGAAUGCAACUAAAGUUCCAUUCAUCAUAUAUUCUGCAUUGCACAUGCUUUCAGCCUAUCUAGCAAUGUAUGUUUGUAAUCCCUUGGGCACUAAAUAUUUAAAACUGCCCUUUUACUGGAGCUCCCUAUAGAUCAUCUAUGUUUCAAAUGAGCGGUGGGCUUACCUCACUUCAUCAACGGCAAUCAUACUCUUUUAGAUAUAGAAGAAUUGUGCUUAUAAAAGUAGUGUUUCAGGCUGAUUUAUUGAAUAUUUCUGCAAAAACCCUAAUAAUCCCUCCCUUCUCUUCCACUUGCUGCUCCCUG